UGGGUCUGUUGCUGAGGAAUAGGACCAUCAGGCUCUUCUGCAAUUUACCUCUCAGAUCCUCAGGCUGCAGCACCUCUGCUAUCUCCGUAUGGAAGGUCCAGCUUUCCUCGAAGGCCGCCUGAACCAGAUGCUCAGAUGCCUGAAGACCACCUUGGACAACAUCUUUAUGACCAGCUGCCUGCUUAUAGAAUCAAACUUGACCCAUCUGUCCCAGUGUCCAAACAUCUAUCAGUUAAAGGGCCUGAAUCUGAGUGGUGUUACUCUAACCAACUUUAGUCCCGAGCUCCUCCAAGUUCUGCUGGAGAAAGUUGCAGGCAGUCUUGAAGAACUGGACUUAAAUGUGUGUGGGAUCAUGGACUCCCACCUGAAGGCUAUUUUGCCUGCCCUGAGCCACUGCUCUCAGCUCAGAGUCCUCAGCAUGUGUGGAAACCUUGUCUCCACAGCCAUUCUGGAGAGUCUCCUGUGUCAUACUCAUAGGUUACCUGCUUUAAGUCUAGAGAUUUAUCCUGCCACUCAGGAGAGUUACAGUUCUCAGAGUAUUCUUCACCAGGAGAGUCUUAUCCAGCUAAAGACUGAGCUUUGGGAGAUUCUUACAUAUUUAGGACAUCCCAGGAACAUUUGGGUUAGCCCCAGCCCCUGUCCUCACUGUGGUGAGGACAUGUGUGAUUAUCUGAAUCCCAAUACAUGAUGCUAUAAUA